AUGAAAGUUCGCCUGAGUUAUGUUGCCUUAAUUUUUCUGAAUUUGUUAGUAAUUUACUCUCUUGAUGCUUCAACUGUUGUUUUAGCUAUCAAAGGAGGAGGCUCAGCUCAGAUGUCCUCUUUCGGGUUUUCAUACUCUGAUGAUAUCUAUUAUCCAGCAGGAUCCUAUAUUUAUACUACAGCAAAUCAUAUAGCUCAUACAGCAAAUGAAUUUGUUUACCAAUCUGAAAGAUGAUACACAGGGAUUUGAGGGUAUGACCUUCCUAUUAGCGCUGAUGGGACAUAUGUGCUUAUUCUUCAAUUUGCUGACUCCCUCUGUGAGCGAGCAAACCAUAGGAAAAAUCUCUAUUUUUGCCCAAAACCCACCCUCUGUGAGCGAACAAAAAUUUUUUUAAAAAAAAUAAAUCGAUAUAUAAAUGAUAAUUAUUAUAAUGAAAUCUCUAGCUAAUUCUGAUUGAUUUAAGCAACUCACAUUUUUAAAAUAUAAAUUUUGUAAAUUAAAUUAAUUUUUGCUUCUCAAUUGGAAUUUUUUUUAAAUUUAUAAAUUUUUUAAAAAAAAAAUUAACCUCUCCAGUAAGAGAAUAAAAUAUUUUUGUUCGCUCACGGAAGGGGUAGUGAGAUAUAUUAUUUAAUUGCCAAUAUCAGAGUAUGAAAUGUCAAAAUUGGAGAUUAUAUUGCUUAUAAUCAUUUAGAUAUAGUUGGGACUGUAGGGGCAAUGACUGCUUAUGAUAUUUUCAUACCUUUUACUUUAUCAAGUGGAACUGUUUCAAUUGCUGGAAAUGCAAUUACUGGUGCUUAUUCAGGAGGAAAAUUGGUUAUUAGAUUUUACCCAGUUAGUGAUAAUCCAACACUUUCAGGAAUAAUUUUGGUGAGAGGGGAUUGCAGUGUGGCUGAUUAUUGCAAUAUGUGCUAUCAGCCAAGAUGCUUGGAAUGCAAUACAGCUGAUUUAAAUUGUAAAACUUGUAUCGAUAAUGCUAGCUCUAUUUCUGGAGUAUGCCAAUGCAAUGCAAACUCUAUUUGGGUGGCUGCUUCAAGAAAAUGCGUUAUUUGUGACAAAUUAUGCACAUCAUGUAGCUCAGAAAAUAUUUGUGCAAGUUGUUCAACAAAUGUGCUGAUUUCAAAUGUUUGCUUGAGAGCGUGCCCUUAUGGAUUUGGCACAUCUUGUGCUUCGGUUUCAACAGCAGUUAUUGAUCAAAAUUUUGCUAACUAUUUUUAUGGGGGAUAUGGAUUAUUUCAAACAGGGACAAGCUCAAGCAGCUAUUAUUUUUUUAAUAAUCCUGAAGUAGUAGACCCAAUACCAGCUAAAAAGCGAGGGCUUUAUUUUUCUGGAGGCUCAUAUCUUCAAACAACUUCAAUUGUUUAUAUUUCUCUUAAUUUUUCAGUUGGAAUGUGGGUUUGAAUAUUAUCUGGCUCAGGAGAUAUUUUGACAAAUAGUUCUGGAUAUAAAAUAGCUGUAUCUGCAAGUGGAGUCUUGAAAAUUACACUAGAAGAUAAGGUACAAUCUAUGGCAACAAUAACGACUACAGCACUUAACCCUUCUAAUUCAGCGUGAGUUUACAUUUCUUUUAUUAUUUCUUUUUUAUCAUCAGCAAUUUCUACAACUAUUUCUCCUUAUCUCAACAAUUCUCCACACACAUCUACAACAUUCAAUGGAUACAUAUAUAGAGAUACUGUAAACAAUGUAUUGAUUCUUGGGAAAAGCUCGUCAAGUAAUUUUUUUGGGUACAUUUACCAAUUCACUUUAUGAAAUGUAGCAGUUUCAAAUUUUAACACUCAGUACUCAGACCAAAUAUGUGGCACAGGAGCAGUAGCUAGCUGCCUUUGAACUUGCCCUCUAUCUCAAUGAAUGAAUGGGGUAACGCCUACAAAUUGCAAUUCAUGCACAAAUGGUUGUGUCAGAAACGUAUCUUGCAAUGUUUGUGAUGAUCCUCUUUGCAGUAUCUGUACAGGGUUCUUAGUUGGCUUAUGCACGCAAUGUAUUUCUAAUGCGUCUGGAACUCCUUGUGCUUGCAAUAUUGGCUAUUAUUGAGAUUUAAAUAGUGAUAAAUGCAUUUCAUGUGAUUAUAGCUGCAAAAAUUGUACAUCAUCAACUUCUGGAGACUGCAUUGUUUGUGCGCAUGGGUUUUAUAUGUAUUUAGGAUGAUGCAUUUCUGAGUGUCCAGACGGAUUUGUAGAAAUUGGGUCAACGUGUGUUGAAAAAGAUCCUUUCAUCUUCUACCUAUCUUUUGAUACUCUGGAAGGAGUUGUUUAUGAUAAGCAAAGCAAAAUUCCAGCACUAACUGGAAACAGCACAGCUUUUUACCCAAAUUAUGAUCACUUUGAUCCAAUAGCUGCUUUAUAUAGAGGGUUUUAUUUUAACGGAGUGAAUUCGCUUAUGCAUUUACCUAUUUAUCCAGGCUAUAGUAGCCCAGUUCUUAGUUUUGGCUAUUCUUUCACGUUUUCCAUAUGAAUCAAUAUUGAGAAUGAUUUUGGAGCUAUUCUCUCAAAACAAGAUUUGCUUUACAAUCCAAUUUUCUCACUCCAAUUAGCAGCCGGAGCUGUAAUAAUUUCAUUAAACUUUAAGAGUUCUGGAGUAGAUUCCUUCUUUUAUUUGCAAAAUCUUGAAUCUUAUGAAUGGAACCAUAUUGCAUUCACAGCAGAAUACACAAAUCUGAAAGAGACAAAAAUUUCACUUUAUUUAAAUGGAAUUGCAGAAUAUCAAAGUGAUAUAGGAUCUGACUAUUUUAAAGAUACCAAAACAGAUAUUACUUUUACAUUGGGGGCAGAAAAAGAUCUAUCUGGCUAUAAAAAUUAUUUUAAAGGAUUUAUUUAUGAUAUUAAGGGCUAUAACUCAAUAAAAAGCAUAUCAUCACUGGCAUUGCCCACUGCACAGUGCACAGAAGUCUGCAAAGCAUGCCUUACAAAUGGGAUCUGCAUUCCUAACUGUUUAAUUAAUCAAUACUGGAUUGGCCCAGAGUAUAAUAAAUGCUCCAAGUGCAGCAGUGAGUGCUUUAGUUGUAGAGAUUCCAGUAAAUUUUGCAAUCUUUGUGCCAACCAAAAAUGUGUAUCCUGUUAUAAUUAUACAGAAGAGUCCUGCCUUAAAUGUGUUUCUGGUACUUCAAAUACUUCAAAUACUACAAACUGUCAAUGUGACUAUGAUCUUGCUUGGAAUUCAAGCUCAGGAAUGUGUGAAACUUGCCAUCAAUGGCAAUUUAAAGCAAAUGAUUCUUGCUAUAAUUGUCCUCCUCUUUGUGCUCAAUGUGAUAGUGAAUAUAAAUGCACAUGAUGUAUUAGCAAUGCUGUACUGAGCUCUGGAAAUUGUAUUUGUUCUCCUGGAUAUACAGGAACAAUUACAUGCACAAUCAUCCCCUUUAAUGUUAGUCUUGCUGUUAACCAAAAUAAUACCUUGAUUUUGAGCUUCAGUGACAUCUUAAAAGAGGGUUUGAGGGGUGAAGAAAUUUUGAUAAAAAUCCAUAAUAAUACAAUACCUUCAUGAUCAAUUUCACAAAUUUCAAGCAAAGAGUUUUUAAUUUCAUGUAACUUUGAUGGAAAGAUAUCAAAGGGCACUACUAUUACAGUGCAAUUUAUAAAUUCGCCUAGAAUUGCAUCUAUCUCUGGAGGUUUACUCUAUGAAGAGCAUUUAUCAGGCUCUUUAUAUGAAUCUGCAAUGACUUCUGAAGAGCAAGAAGUGGCUCAAAUUCAAAAUGAAGUUUCUUAUGGUGUAAAAGCUUUAGCUGGAUCAAGUGUAGCUUUAGCAAUGCUCAAUCCAAACCCUUCAGCAUUAUGAACUAUGCUGAAUACUAUUCAAUUUAUUUCCUACAUACCUUAUGCAAGCUACCCUCUAACAGAUAAAGUUUCUGCGUUUUUGAAGUCAAUGGGAGAUUUCAAUUUAGUUCCAAACUUGUUUUUAUUAUUUUUUGACGAAGAUAAAGGUAAUAUUCCUUAUUAUCAGGCUAGAAGAUAUGGAUACGAUAGCUCAUUGAUACUCGUAAAUGUUGGAAAUGAAAUAACUGUUUUAUGCGUUUUUAUAUUAGUGCUGCCUAUUGUUUAUUUUUUUUCUAAAUGCUCUCAUAGAUUCGUUGGAAAGAAAUUAAAAAACACACUCAGAGAGUAUAAAUUUGGUACUUUUUUACGGUUUUGGAUUGUAUGCUAUCUUGAAAUUGGUUUUGCAUCUAUAAUUGGAAUUUUGAGUACAGAAUAUAGUGAAGCAUUAGAAAAUUCACUUAGACUCACUAAUUAUUUUCUUUGUUGGUUAUUCAUUGUAAUGAUAAUUUAGAUACUUAUAGCAAUUACCCCUUUCCUUCAUGCAUGUUUUAGCUUUAAAAAUCUUAGAAAAAUUAUAAAUAGAAGACAUAAAAAAUGAUUUGCUAUUUGAAGUUCAUUGUAUUACGAGUUCAAGAAUAAUAAAGGAUUUAUGAGCACACAAUAUUAUACACUAUAUUUUGCAAGACGCUCAGUUUUUAUUAUUACUCAAGUUUUUUUAAAUGGCUUUCCUCAAAGCCAACUUACAAUAAAUGCAACUUCAUCUUUAUGUGUAUGCCUUACAUAGAUUGCUCUAUUUUUAAUUAUUUAUCGGCCUUUUGAUAACUGUAUGAUUCAGGCAACAAAUUUAAUUACUGAGUUUGGGACUUUUAUUAUUUUUAUGCUCCUUAGUCUAUAUUUGUUUGAUCUAG